AAAGAACCGGCGACGUUGAAAAACUUCCGGAUUUCCGGACUGCACGUGUCAUCUGAUGACUUAGUCAUUCAUCAGUGCAGAAAAGAUGCGCAGAAACUGGGAUCGCGAAUUCAAGUGCAGAUGCAAUUUUUUUGAAUGGUCUCUCGUAAUAUAUUAAUUAAAUAUUCAUUAUUCGAUGACUGUGCAAACGUGCAAAUGUGUGGGAUAAGAGCAGAGAAUUACAAAAAUUAGAUGUUGAGUUUGAACCGACGAGAUAAAAUUGAAAGAAUUUGAUUCAGAACAAACUUCGGGACUGGUAAUUUUGAUAUGUUAUAACAGCUUAAUUCUAUAGUAGGGUAAAUUUCUAGUACACUCACAACCGCUAAUCGUCGAUAAUACUUGAAUUAUGACGUUCGUUUAUGAAAAAUCAUCUUUGAGGCCUAUGAUCGGUUAAAAAAUUGCAUAAUUUCUAGUUAAUUUUAAAGCUCAAGGCUGCAUCUUGACUCGUGUACUGCUGGUAAUCGUGUACUGCCGGUUAUCGUGUUUUGGAGGUUUAUUUAAAACUAUUUGAAAGGUUCGUCAUAUUCAACUUCGAAGGGAGUCUGUAUUUCUUCCGCCAUGCCUCCAGCUGGUGCUGGUGGUGGUGGAAAUGACAGCAGCAGCAGCGAAGGUGGGGGCGCUGCGUCUAAAGUAAAACUGAGGGCCUUCCGCGGCCCCGGCAGGAGCUCCCUGAGAGAACGCCGUCGAGGAGUCCUGCUGUUACCGAUGCUUAACGUGCCACCGGCGUCAGGUGAUUUUUCUGAUACUGCAUCCACUGCUUCGCUGCCGCCAUUACCUCAUAUGAGGUCCCCGGUGAUGUACAACGCGGGUGGUGGCAUUGUCUUCAACUUGGGCCCUGAACAUCAUCAGCAAUACAAUCAACACCACAGUGUCCCGUAUCACGGGUAUUCAUCGCAUGACGCUUCAAGGUUUCAAGGACCCAAUCCGUAUCAUUCUUUUUCCACACCACCUUCGCCGACUCGUUCUUGCUCCGAAUUUUCUUCUUUUUCUUUCCCAUCAAAGCAGCGGUCACCAUCGCGUCUUUCUUCAUCGCGUCUGUCGCUUUCGACGCUCAGUAAAGUUUGUUCAGUGCUACGAUCUUCCUCCAAUGUCCAAAACACGUACAAUGGCUGCAAAAAAUCGAAUAGUGUUAUUGUCACUGGCUCGCUGUGUGAUAAUAACAACGGUUUUGCCAAACAAGGCCAUAAUUUGUGCGGUAACUAUUCCGGUAGCUACAACAACAAUUACGAAAACAACAUUUACAAAAAGACAAACAAGUUCAGUGGAGUUUCUGGUGUUCCGGUGCCGACACGACGGUUCCCUUUGUGGCGCACGCCAACGCCUCUAAGGAGAGCUUCGACUCCUACUCCACCUCGACGGGCUGCUUCUCCUCCAAGAACUCCUUCUACUCCUUCUGCAGGAGUAACAAGGAGGUCCUUUUCAGCCCCGAGGACAGAAUGGGGAGGUUCAGUUUGGGGACUAGGAGGCAGUUUUUCAGCAGGUCACCGAACUGAUGAUAUGCCACCAAAAUUUAUUCUUCAGCGGCUUCUGGCUCUUCGGUCUCGUCCAGGUCUCGCUUCGGUCUCGUGGGUGCUGCAGACCGGAGAAGAGACCCUGCAGCAGAUGCAGCUUCUGCAGACCGGCGUCCAGACUCUUGCUGCAGCCAACAAGAAUCUCCUCGAGUUCAAGCAAUUCUACAGACUUGCUGAGCGCCACCUAGACAACGGCUGCUGUGCGCUGGACGAGCCUCGUGUAGGCGCGGAGAGCUCGACGCACGACGCCAGCGUGCGCGCCCUCGCCGGCGCCCUCAAGCUCCACGUGACGCUCUUCAACAAGCGCCUCCUGCUGGCCAAAGAGGCCUUUGAGGACACUGCUCGCUGCUACAAUCUCCUUGAUAAGACGUACGAAUGGGCGCUGGAGACGAUGCGUGUGGUGAAUCGCGUGAAGACGGUGGGCGUGGCAUCGCCUGACCAGGUGGGUGCCGCGGCGCAGUCCCUCGCUGCGCAUGCGCAGCGGCACCCGCCACCGUCGGCUGACACCUUCGCCAACAUGGUGUCUCUUGCGACCAAACUUGGCAACGCGACACUCCUCCAGCAAGUCAAGAUGGGCGAGAGCCGCUGCCAAGAGACUCUGUCGUUGCUGCAGAGCCGUCAAGCGGCUCUCGUAAAAGCUCGUCGCCAGAUGGAAUUUGACUGCCAAAGCUUCGUGGACCUCAACGAAGUUCUGGACAGUGAUGACCCAUCACCCUUUUCGUGGUUAAUAGGAACUCCCUUGAACAGCUCGGGCCGAAGGCGUUCUUCCUCCGCGUCCACAGCCUCCAAAUCUCGCGAAACCUUGUCUCGAUGUUCUUCCUUGGACAUCGAGGACGACGGCAUGUUGGUAGAAGCGAAGCAACCUCUGGAAGGCCGAAGCAGUUUGGGAGGAAUCAAAGAGGUUCGAGAAAGUGUGGAGGAACUUGACAGGGAUCUAAAUGCCCGUAACGAUUCAAUGUCGUUUUCUAAAGCCGUAAGCAAUGCAAUUGAAAGUCUCGACCCCCUGUCAUCUUCCAAUCCUCACACAAAGCUUUCAUCGACUUUCAACUCGCGUGACUUGAGCUCCGGCUUCGUCAUGAGUCCCAUACACAACCAAAGCCAAAGCCUGAAUCUGGCCUCCCUGCCGGCAUCCAUGAGUAACAAUGCUAAUGGUAACAAGCCUACCAGGAAUCGUUACUUGUCGUCCACGGAUUCCAGCAACAGCAGUGGCGGUAGCAACAGUUCGUGCGGGUCGCGAGGUAGCGACCAAAUCGCCAUCACCCAACGCGCCGCCAACCACAAGUCUCUGCAGAGGGCAAGUGCUUGGCCGUACGGAGCAGCCCUUGACGACGCCCAGCUACAACCCCACCAUGACAGCCUUAUGGAGGAUGAGGACGAGGAAGAGCUGCUGGAGGAGUCUGGCUUUGGCGGGUCUGACGAGGUGCGAGAGGAGCGCGUGGGGAGCCUCGUCCUGCCGCCAUCGUCGGCCAACUCCCAUCUGCUCACCCGCUCGUCACAGCUCGACAUCACCGGCCAGAGCUUCGUCGAGGGCGAUGCUAAGAAAAACAUCAAACUCUGCCACAUCAUGAGCGAGCUCAUCAAGACUGAACAAGACUAUGUGCUGUCUUUGGAGUACAUCAUCGAGAAUUACCUGCCCGAGCUGCUGCGCGAGGACAUCCCACAGGCACUGCGUGGUCAGCGUAACGUCAUUUUCGGUAACAUCGAAAAAAUCCACGAGUUUCAUCGCGGCUAUUUCUUAAAGCACCUCAAACAGUGCGAGAGAAAACCUCUGGAUAUCGGCCGGAUAUUCUUAAAAUAUGAGCGCCAGUUCUACCUCUACGCGCUCUACAACAAAAACAAACCGAAGUCGGACGAGCUCAUGGCUGAGUACGGUUCCGUGUUCUUCCGCAAAAAGCAACUUGAGAUCGGAGACAAGAUGGACCUCGCGUCAUACCUGCUGAAGCCCGUGCAGAGGAUGGGCAAAUACGCUCUUCUGCUCACUCAGCUGGUUCAGUUGACGACGGGUAGCGAGGCGUGCCACCAGCUGACGGAGGCGCAGCAGAUGGUGCAGUUCCAGCUGCGCCACGGCAACGACCUGCUCGCCAUGGACUCCCUUAAAGACUGCGACGUUAACCUGAAGGAGCAAGGGCAGCUACUGCGGCAGGCGGAGUUCCUGGUGUGCGAGGGCAGCAGGGGGCGCAAGACCCCCCGGCAUGUCUUCCUCUUCGAAGACCUCAUCCUCUUCAGCAAAGCUCGCAAGGACCCUGAGAAGAAGAACCUCGACAUCUUCCAGUACAAGCACAGCAUGAAGAUGACCGAUAUCGGUUUAACGGCGCAGCUAGACAGCGGUUACAAAUUCGAAAUCUGGUUCCGCAAGAGGAAACCGUCCGACACCUACGUUCUGCAGGCCUCGUCUCUCGAGGUGAAGGAAGCUUGGACCGAGGAAAUUUCCAAGCUGCUUUGGCGCCAGGCUCUUCGUAACCGAACUUUGAGGCAGCAUGAAAUGUCUUCCAUGGGCAUAGGGAACAAACCUUGCCUUGAUAUCCGGCCGAGCGAAGAUCAAAUCAACGACCGAUCUGUGUCUGUCGCUUGCAAACAACCCGUGCGACCUCGUCUGGAGGCAUCGAUGUCUGUGGACUCGGCCACAUCAUCCGCAAACAACAGCAACUCCAGCCACGGCAACUCGGCGCUGCGUCGUCCAUACUCGAUUAUUUCCGUGUCUUCCUCGUCCUCUUCGAACGCUUCGUCGCAGCCAUCGUCUUCGUCAUGCGGUGGAACCGGACAACCUUUCGUUGCCGGAACCAUCAACCUCGGAUUCGAGUCCGGAAAUUCGCCACGACCGCUCCACCGCUCCGUUACACGGACAAGCCAAUGUAGCGCCGAAAGUGGCAUCAUGGCCGACAUGUACCCAGCUGACCAAUACGACUCAAGCCUUCAUCACAAUUCCCUACACCAGUCUUUAUACAGUCACUCCCAGUCACAUUUUCGUGUUGAACGUUCUAAUUCCACCGUGACCUCCGUUUCCAUCGACUCUGGGCUCUCGCCGACGUCUCCCUCUAACCACAGCCCAGCUUCUUACUCUGCAUCUUCCUCCACAAGCCCGUCCACUGGGUCGUCAGAUAUGCUUUCUGUCAAUAAUACUCAAGAAGAGGAUGCUUCUGAUCUAAAUAACGACAUCCUAUCUUCUCUCGCAUCCGUUUCAAUCGUUGAAUCUUCCAGAAAAACUGUUGAUAAAAUAGAAAAUUUUACUGCACUUACCUCAGAGGCCGCAUCCAAUUGUCAUUCUACAUCUUCAUCGUCGUCGUUGGCUGGAGAAACAAAUGAGGAACGGGCGGCUGAAAUAAACGACUACACAACUCUGGAUGCGGAAGGCGUCAAGACAUUGCUGACGACUGAGGUAUAACUAACUACCCUUCAUUGCUUCAUCUCCAAUGAUGCGCGAGUAAAGUUUGCCCAGGAUUUUUCACCAAUAAUCGAUGCAGUAUUUAUUGGGUGAAUUAGCCUUUCUAAAUGUAUACAAUUUUGUACCCUUAAUCCUCCCUGGCUUCUCCAUACGAUGAAUUUCCAUUGACAUGGGAUCAACAGUUGGAGUUUUGUUCAACAACACAUCGUUCUUCCUUCUUUGGUCUGUGCGUUCGGCGCUUGGUGGAGAAUCAUGGAAGUGGCUGUAAAAAAUGUAUAUAAUUUGUUAUUGACUGUAUGUUGUGUGAAAAUGUAAACCAUUUCUUAAACUUAAUAAAUAAUCCUCUAAAUGUAUGAAGCGGGAUCCAUGUUUUUAUUUCUUGUUGUGUUUGUUCAAUUUGUCGUUUGACUUCUUCGUUAAUUAGAAUUCUGUUGUCUAGAAUAAAUUGUCUCCAUUAUCUUUCCCUUUAAUGUUUUCCUUACUCUUUUAUAUCAGACUUCUGAUUUAUUGAUAAUAGUUGAAUAAAAAGCCGCUAACUUCAAAUUUGGCCGCUUAACCAAGGCAACACUUGAAGUUUUCUUACAACGAUCACCCUCAACAUCCCAACAUUUGAUAGUUGAACCAAUAUUUUUUGUUAAUAUUAUUUCAGUUCAGCCAUGCUCUAUUUAAUAAACAUUUUCGGGAUUGAAUAGCGCAUUAAAUAGAGCCCAGUUUCACCAGGAAAAAUUUGCAACGCACACAAAUUGCUUCAUAUAACUCACUGUAACAGAACAUACUGUCCUACAACUCGCUGUAACAGAACAUACUGUCCUACAACUCGCCGUAACAGAACAUACUGUCCUACAACUCGCCGUAACAGAACAUACUGUCCUACAACUCGCUGUAACAGAACAUACUGUCCUACAACUCGCUGUAACAGCACAUACUGUCCUACAACUCGCUGUAACAGAACAUACCUACUGCUCAAAGUGAAGGGAUGUGUCGUUACCUAGACCACUUCAUAUCAACCCAAGCGACACACAUUGAAUUCCCAGAAAUGUCGCCUUUCUUCCUAUUGUCAUUUGUCUGUGUUAAUCUUCGAGCUACAACUGUACCAUUCGGGCUAUUAUUUAACUGUCCACGAGAUGUUUUACUAUCAAUUAUUCUUGUAUCUGUGUACAUACUAUGCUUACAUUAUAGUUGCCAUGCAUUUUCUUGUUGAAUAUUCUUAUUUGUGGAAACGCAAGUAGUUUUAAUUUUGAUUCGUGAAUAAAAUUGAUAACAGUGAACAUGGAGGAAUAUUGGUAGUCAACGUAAGCGCUGUUGAAUUGUGCUUUUUUCCUUCUUUAGUUUUUUAGGCGAUACAUUUUCAUAAGUUACGAUCAAACCCACCUUUUUAUUAUCAGAUAAUGAUUUAUUAAGAAACUUGUUAGCCCAGCAGCAUGCUCGCGGUAUGGAGGAUGGACGGACUUGUAUAACUAUUUUUUAUGGCUAAUAUGCUGUGUAUAAUUAGAGUGCAUCUGAAUGGAUGCAGCUAAUACAGUCUAGAAGAAUAUUACGAUAGUCAUCAUAUAAAUUAUUUCCAUUUGGUGAACUACAGAAAGUUGUCUCAUAGCUCUUCUGGAAAACAGUCGUUAAUGAAUGAUAUAAACUUUCUUCCUUAGAUUUGUACGUCUAUAAACCGUAGUAGGUAACAUAUCCUCGUUUGUACUCAUGCUUCGGAUAUAAAUAAAACAAAAACUCAA